AUUUACGUUUUUUUCCAUAUUUCCACCAUGUGCGAUGUUGUAUUUAACGCGUUUAUCACCGGGAAUCACAGCGCUACGUCUCUAUUGCAAGAUACUGCCUCUCAAAUGGUGAAAUGUUGCAAUUGCACGGAAAUGUUGCAUGAUUGAUCCGCGUUGCAAAUUCAGCUCAGUUGCAGUUGUUGUUGCAGUCAGCUGACUCGUGGUAUUUAAUUCUUUUUGUUUUGGAGGAGAGGACUGCAUCGUUCCGCCGAUGGAAGAAGAUGAAUCCAAUGCAGAAAUGGGAGAGAAUGAGGGAAGCCAAGGCCCCUCGUCCACGCGAACCAUAUCCACGACAACACCACAGACGUCUAACCAGAACACUCUAAGAUCCCCGCGCAGUCGACGCCAACGCACAACGUCACAGUCACAAACCUCCCGUAGUGGAGAGCCCAUCCUGAGGGGCAGAAGACGCACAAUUUACACUGCCGGACGACCGCCAUGGUACGACUGCCAGGGACAGCUGGUUGAACCGUUUGUUAUAGGUGUGUGUGGUGGGAGUGCCUCGGGAAAGACCACCGUUGCCAAGAAAAUUAUCGAAGAACUGGAUGUACCGUGGGUCACACUCCUCUCCCUUGACUCUUUCUAUAAGGUAUUGACUGAGAAGCAGCAUGAGGACGCGGCCAGGAAUGAAUACAACUUCGACCACCCGGAUGCCUUCGACUUUGAGCUGGUGGUCAAGACGCUCUCGAGGCUCAAGGAGGGCAAGAAGGUGGAGGUCCCCAUAUACAACUUUGUCACCCAUCGCCGGGAGACCAAGACGAAAACCAUGUAUGGUGCCAAUGUCAUCAUAUUUGAAGGAAUUUUAGCAUUCUAUUCUCAUGAUGUGAUAAAGUUGUUAGACAUGAAAGUGUUUGUAGAUACUGACUCGGACGAGCGGCUGGUGCGGAGACUGCGAAGGGACAUUGCGGAGAGAGGGAGAGAGCUAGACGGAGUGCUCAAGCAGUACUUCAAGUUUGUCAAGCCAGCCUUCGAUUAUUACAUAGCCCCAUCUAUGGUCCACGCUGACAUCAUCGUUCCGAGAGGUGGGGAUAACGAGGUGGCCAUCAAUCUUAUUGCUCAGAAUGUCAUGACGCAGUUGCAACAGAGAGGUUUUAAACUCCGAGAGAAAUUAGCGCACGCUAACUUUGGCAUUGUGAGACCCAAUUCCCUCCACCUGCUGCCCUCCACGCCCCAGAUCCGCGGACUACACACAUUCAUCCGCAACAAGGACACUCCCCGCGAUGAGUUCAUCUUUUACUCCAAGAGACUAAUACGACUGGUGAUUGAACAUGCCCUGGCGCUGUUGCCGUUCACGCAGGACGUGACCGUAGAGACGCCCCAGGGCAUCCCAUAUGAAGGGAAGCGCAUUGCGACCGAGAAGAUCUGCGGUGUAUCCAUCCUGCGAGCGGGAGAGACCAUGGAGAAUGCACUCUGUGAGGUUCUCAAGGAUGUACGCAUUGGCAAGAUCCUCAUUCAGACCAACCUUGAUACGGGGGAGCCUGAGCUAUAUUACUUGAGACUGCCAAAGGACAUCAAGGACUACCACAUCUUCCUGAUGGACGCCACAGUGGCCACGGGUGCGGCUGCGAUCAUGGCCAUCCGGGUCCUGCUCGACCAUGAAGUGCCGGAGGACCAUAUCUCCCUCUGCUCCCUCCUCAUGACUGAGCAAGGUGUUCAUAACAUAGCAUAUGCAUUCCCCAAAGUACGCAUUGUAACAACGGCAGUGGAUCCAUGUGUUAAUGAGAAGUUCUACAUAGUGCCCGGCAUUGGAAACUUUGGCGACAGAUACUUCGGAACAGAACCAUCUGACCAAUAAUGGAAAUGAAUGAGGAUCAAAUGAGCGAGCGAUAUUUCCCACAUGCCUAUAACAAUACCCAAUGGCCUCCAUCCAAACACAGGUGUUCCUGGAAAUACAAUGUACAUCUUCCAGACUUGUAGACUAUUUUAAAAACUCGUCAAGUGCCUGAUAUUGUUGUUGAUACUUAAAACUUAUAAUAAAAGAGGCAAUUUAUGUGUGUGGUAUGUGUUAUAAAGGAAAAGGAAAGUGCUUUAUCACUGUCACCAGUCUUUUUUUGGAAAAAUUGUACAGCACAUGAAGAACCACGUUUGCAGAUAUUAAGUGCAUUUGCUAACUAGCCCAUCAGGUUCUUUAAGCAAAACAAAAAUAACCAAGAAUUUUUUUAAUCAGGUAAUAUGAUAUAAUGCAACUUUUGAUGCAAAAGUUGGUAUUCACAAGACGAGCGUUGUACUGGCCACAACUUUGCUUGAUGACGACUGGAUGUGCUGAGCACAUCGGAGUUUUAAAGAUUGUUGUUCAAUUUCAUAUAUUUAUCUCUUAGUUUUUUUUAGUUGUUUUUAGUAGGGAAAAUAGAGAGAGCAUUUUUGUAUCUCUUUGUUAUAAGACUAUUUUACAUUUUAAUGCUCAGUAAAAAAGCGAUAAUAUAUGAAUAAGACUUAGAUUGAAAAUAUGAUUAUUUGGUAUUUUGUUUGUCCUUAGUGAAUGAAUAUGAUAAGGAUAUGUUUUUAAUAAAAGAGUUGUUGAUUGUGCAGAGGACUAAGUGUUUAUAAUAUGUGGUUUUAGGCUGCUUGUAUAAAUCUUUCAUGCAAGUCACCGAGUAUCAUUACUUCAUGAAGGUUUGUAGGAAAAUUAUUAAAAUUUUAAAAAUCACUUCCAGCCCAAGAAUUCAAAAUGAAAAAAAAAAAAAAAAAAAAAAAAAAAAGUAGAUUAAUACCUAAAGAGAAAUGUUUUAGCACUGUUGAAGUAACCACUAUUGUUUUACAUUCUAAUUUGUAUCUGUCUUGUAAUUUAUGCAUUGUGGCAUAUAUCCAUUGAGUGGAUGCCUGUAUAUUUUAUUUAUUUUUGUCUAGUCCUCCCUUUGAUUGUCAUUGUGACGGCAGUAUUAGUAGUGAAUUAAGUUGAUUUUUUUUUUCUUCUUUUUUAAAAUCAUUUUUUCAAAACUUUUUUUUUUCCCCCCCUACCAUGAUUUCAUUUUAUUGUUAGGCAGGUAUUUGCCUCUUUUAAGGGUGAUCGGCUCCUGUCCGGAUCUGUCCCCUCGGCAAGAAUUUAGACUAUACUUUGUCAUUUGCAAUUCUGAGGUGCCAUUUCAGCGAAUUAAAUCCGAGCGAGCAUAGGGUCGAGGUAGCGGCAUAUUUAGGAAUUUGGUACUAGAUCUUGGUCGGUAUUGAUUUAGACACUUUCAUACCCUAUAAAUACUUUUAUAGUUAUUAAAGGAAAGGUGAAUUGAA